AUGCUCGACAGGCUAGCAUUUGAGACCUGGGAGGAGCUUUCCAAAUUCUUGUUACAAGAAGACAGAGUCAGGCUUACGUAUGUAAGUUCAAGAGUUAGGUCAGCUAUCUCGCCCAUCUUAUACCGCAACCUAUUUCUCAAUGAACAACCAUGUAUUUAUAGCGACUCAAAACCUCUCUUGGCCAAUUGUUGGUCGGUUUUAGGUAUUAAAGAGCACAAAAAUGAGAAUGCGGAUCAGAAACUGAUUGCCCUGAUCCGUACCCUGCGCGGAUCGCCUUUGUUACGGUCGAAAGUGGAAAUUGUUCAUUGCACUUGGCAUUUGAAUGUUGCACUUCUGCGAGAUCUUUUGGCAGUUUUAGCGCAUGAUACUCCCAAAUUGAGACAAUUCCGAAAUUUUUUGACAACAGAGCUGAUUGAUGAUCUGGAAAAGAUCGCUCCUCAACUCCAAUCACUGGAUCUUCCUCCUCCUGGAGUGCUGCCACAAGAGAAGGUAGCUCCCUCAUAUCUCUCGCAGUUAGCGUCGCUGGUACGAUGCUCUCACUUCGACAACAUAACAGCGCUGAAUAUUUACAUGGACCCAGGUGCGUUUUUCAAUAAUUAUGCUCCAUCGGCGCCAAAACUGCGUCUUAGGGAGCUGUCGUUAAGCUUGAGGGACGACAAAUAUGGUGCGGGCUCUUUCCCCAGGGCCAGAAACACGUACAGUGAUAUUUUCAACGUGCGUUACCUGGAAAAACUCACGAUUUUGUCAUGGUUUGAAACGGAAAACAUAGACGUUUACGAAAAAUAUCAUCUGCAUGAGCUGUUGAAGUUCCAAAAUCUCAAGGAACUGAGCUUGCUUUCUUUCUUCGCUAACGAUGGGUUUUUACGAGCAUGCAUAAAAUCUUUUCCACUACUGCGUCGCUUGAAACUCGACUAUAUGUUGGGGCACGCGAUAGACCCAAGCACAUUAACACUGCUCGCUCAAAGUCCCGCACACAUGUCUCUCAAAUACCUCGAUCUGAAAUGCUUACCGCUCGAACCACACCUGGUUACAAUAGAACCGGGAAAUACUGCCCGUUUUGAGAUCAACGAAUCCUGCGUGUGCCCCGCUUGCCGCGACGUUUUCCAAAACAUCCUUCGCAAGAAACUUUUUCCCACCCAUGCCUCUCACCUCAUCAGAGGCUUGGAGGAUAUCCCAAAUAGGGACAUCAUCACCAGAAUCAUCUCGCUUUCACCAAUCAUUCCCUACACGCUUUUUGUUGAUAUCCGACCGGGCCAAUCGUUCGUCAGCGAUCCUGCAGAAGGCGUGGCCUCCACCAUGAACAAAGCUCUCGGGGAAAAUGUGUUUGCUGUAGAGGACAUUAUCAAGGUAUAUCAUGCACAUCUGCAUUCCCUGAGAAGGACAUUUGGCUAUUUUUUACAGAGGUUUCCCAACCUCGAAUUUUUGAAUAUAAACGAUGUUCCUACGUCGGUAGAAGAAGGUCCUGGUGGCCAAAAAUACAACCAGCCCAUUUAUCAUAGCAAUGGUUACGAGAAUAACCAGGUCUACGAACUAGUGGAUGACGAAAACCUUUUUGCAUAA